UAUUCUAGUCCCGAGUACAAGGACACUGGAAAAGGGUUCUUGAAGUUUCAGCUGAUCAACCAGAGAUCAGACUUCUCCUUUGCUCUAUUUUCUGGUGGCUUAUCAAAUCCAAAAGUGGUGGCUGUGUCAAACCAUGUUGCUUUCUACAACCCAAAUGCACCAGUUUACCCACGAAUAGCACAAGGGAAAUCAUGGGAUGAAAUGACUGUGACAUGGACAAGUGGAUAUGGAACACAUGAAGCAGAACCUUUUAUUGAAUGGGGUCCAAAAGGAGGAGACUCUAUGCGCUCCCCAGCUGGGACUUUGACUUUUGAUCGUAAUAGCAUGUGUGGUGCACCUGCAAGAACCGUCGGAUGGCGUGAUCCGGGAUUCAUACACACUAGUUUUCUGAAGGAGUUGUGGCCAAAUAGAGUGUACACGUACAAGCUGGGGCAUAAACUGUUCAAUGGAACAUAUAUUUGGAGUCAGAAAUAUCAGUUUAGAGCAUCUCCAUAUCCUGGUCAAAAUUCUUUGCAACAAGUAGUCAUUUUUGGUGACAUGGGAAAGGAUGAAGCUGAUGGUUCCAAUGAAUAUAACAAUUUCCAACGUGGCUCUCUCAACACCACUAGACAACUUAUCCAUGACUUGGAAAACAUUGAUAUUGUCUUCCACAUUGGAGAUAUAUGUUACGCAAAUGGUUACCUUUCGCAAUGGGAUCAAUUUACAGCGCAGAUUGAGCCAAUUGCGUCCACUGUACCGUACAUGAUCGCAAGUGGAAACCAUGAACGUGACUGGCCAGGAACAAGUUCAUUCUAUGAAAACAUGGAUUCUGGGGGAGAAUGUGGCGUUUUGGCGGAGACCAUGUUCUAUGUCCCUACUCAAAAUAGAGACAAGUUUUGGUACUCCACUGACUAUGGCAUGUUUCGGUUCUGCAUAGCUGACACCGAGCAUGACUGGAGAGAGGGAACAGAACAAUACAAGUUCAUUGAGCACUGCUUAGCAUCAGUUGAUAGGCAAAAACAGCCGUGGCUUAUCUUCCUUGCACAUCGGGUUCUCGGAUACUCUUCUUGUAUCUGUUAUGCAGAAGAAGGAUCUUUUGCAGAACCAAUGGGAAGGGAGAGCCUUCAAAAACUAUGGCAGAAUUACAAGGUUGAUAUUGCCCUCUAUGGCCAUGUGCAUAACUACGAGAGGACUUGUCCUGUCUACCAGAACAUAUGCACCAACAAAGAGAAGCACUAUUACAAGGGCUCCUUAAACGGGACAAUUCACGUGGUUGCCGGUGGUGGAGGAGCAAGUCUAUCAGCAUUUACCACAUUCCAAACAAUGUGGAGUCUUUUCAAAGAUCGCGACUAUGGAUUCGUCAAACUUACGGCGUUCGACCAUUCAAAUCUGUUGUUCGAGUACAAGAAGAGCAAGGAUGGAAAGGUUUAUGACUCUUUUAGAAUAUCUCGAGAUUAUAGGGACUUCUUAGCCUGCACUGUUGGUAAUUGUCCAAGUACCACGUUAGCUUCUUGA